AUGGCUGCUCUUUCCGGCUGGGUCAUCCCAACACUUCUCUUUGCAUUGUUUCUUGCUAAGCUUGAACUCUCCUAUGGCCAAGUUCUGAAGGCCAAAGUAACUUGCCUUGACUGCCACAAGAAUUAUGAUUUUUCAGAUAUUAAGGUUUUUGUGAAGUGUGACCAAGUAAAGAAGCUGGCUACGGCAACCACUGAAGCUGAUGGAUCUUUCGAAGUUAAGCUCCCAUCUGACAACUCGAAAUCACCAGCAGCUCUUCACUGCCUUGCCAAGAUUCUUGGAGGUACAAAGCUGCUAUAUGUCUCAAGAAAGGUUGCAGCAUCCGAGAUUGUGAAGAGUCAGGACUCCAAUUCCUACACCAUUUCUACUCCUCUUGGUUUCUCCACAUCAUGCCCCUCGAGUAUGGAAGAUCAGGCGGCCUGUAAACCCAAGAACGAGUUCGGUUCAUCAAAGACAUUUGAUGUGCCUCUGCCGCGAGAGUGGGGUUUGGCACCUUCUAGCUACUAUGUACCUUUCAUCCCUAUCAUAGGCAUACCCUAA